AAAGGCGAGGCUUCAUCUCCACCAUCUUUUAUCAGCCCUCUCGUCACUCCACAAACAAGAUUGUCAUUUUUAUAUUUUGUUUCAGCUUUCGAUUUUUUCUAAUAUUUCCAAUGGCAUCUACGAGGAAAGAUGUUGAUCGGAUCAAAGGUCCCUGGAGUCCAGAAGAAGACGAGGCUUUGCAGCGAUUGGUUCAGACGCACGGCCCCAGAAACUGGUCUUUGAUAAGCAGAUCGAUACCGGGUCGAACUGGAAAGUCGUGCAGACUCCGAUGGUGCAACCAGCUUUCCCCCGAGGUUGAGCAUCGACCCUUCACUCCCGAAGAAGAUGAUACCAUAAUCCGAGCCCAUGCCCGAUUGGGUAACAAAUGGGCCACCAUGGCUCGACUCUUCAAUGGCCGUACUGAUAACGCGAUUAAGAAUCACUGGAACUCGAUGCUGAAGCGAAAAUGCUAUUUCGUGACCGGAUAUUUGAAUGAUGGUUCAGCACAGCCGCUUAAAAGAUCGGCCAGUCUUGGUGCUGACAAUAACAUGUCGGGUCUUUACGUGAACCGCGAUAGUUCUUCAGGAUCCGAUGUGAGUGGCUCAAGUUUUCCAGCUGCGUCAUCGGUUUACACACCGUUAGCAAGAACUGGUUCUUGGGCCGUUUCUAGUCAGCAUGUGGAAACGGCGUCAUCCACAACUAAUCCAAAUACUCUACUUACCCUCGCGCUGCCCGGAUCCAAUCCUUGUGAAAUCUCAGAUCCGAAUCCCGUAUCCGUUUCCAGAUCCAACCUUGUUCCUAGCCCAGCAGAGGCUCCAGCAACAGUACCAGCUCCGGUUCCAAGGGUGAAACAAAUGGAGAUGAAAAACGGGGCGUUUAGGAUGGAGUCGCAGUUUUUGGCAGUUAUGCAAGAGAUGAUAAGAAUAGAAGUGAGAAACUACAUGUCCGGGAUUGAACAAAAUGUUCCUUUCUUGCAAACUGAAGCUAUACGAAAUGCUGCUGUUAAGCGUAUUGGUGUUAGUAAGCUCGAGUAGACAGCAACAAGAAUCAUCCGAGAAGAAAAGAAAAAUGUCUCUCUUUCCUUGAGUUGUUUAGUCCCUUUCUUUGUUGCUUUAGUUGUUUUUGUGGCAGUGUAAAGAGGA